ACUCUUGUGAAUUCCUCAUCCAGCUUUCAAGAUGAAGCUUUGGAGAACAUUCUUUCUGAGUGCUGGGCUGAUGUUCUUGGCAGGGACAGCAAUGGGAUCACUCGUCCAGCCCCGAGAAGGCAGCAUUGCUGGAGGGACAUGGAUUACCCUCACUCUGAAUGGAUCAGCAUCCCACCAGGUAGGAUCUGUCUCUCCAGUCACUGCAGCCCAGCUGGAGGUGUCCCUGGUGAAUCCAGACCUGCCCAGGCUGCCGUGUGAUGUCUCUCCUCUGCAUUUGGAGUUGCCCACUAUAAAAUGCAGAACAAGGUCUGCACCCCGGGAGGGUUUGUACCAUGUGGAGGUGAUCUUUAAAGGACAUGUGAUUAACAACCUGACUGAGGUGGAGAAAGAGAAUUAUUCYUUCAAGUUCUCUGCUGAGCAGACACCUGUGAUUUACCAAAUCCAUCCAUCAUCUGGCACCCCAGGAAAUUUAAUACACAUUCAUGGGAAGACAAUUGCUGGGAGAUAUGAGACCCUGGACUUCAAUGUGGAUUAUAUUGAUGGGCCAGCUGUUCUCACAUCAGAAGGAGAUGGAUGGACCAGUCUCUGCUCUUUUGCUGACAGGAGAGCUGGAAGCAUAUACCCUCUUCUGGCAAAGGAUGGAGUGGGGACCCUGCAGUGCCGGGUGGAAGGGAACCACAUAGGGUCCCACAAYGUCAGCUUCUCGGUGUUUAACAAAGGAAAGUCAGCAAUACACAAAGRUGCUUGGCUCAUCAGUGCCAAACUGGAGCUUUUCCUGUAUCAGACUCAUCCAGAACGCUUUUGUUUUAACUUUCUAGGAAACAGAGGGCUUCUCUUUGAAGUCUGGGAUGAUGCCUCUGAUCUGASAGAAGCAGGCCCUGGAUACAGAUGGCAGUUUGUACCUAAUGCCAGCUCCCCUGUAAGGUUUCUGUCUGGGGCAAAGGAGUCCUUCAGCUCCAGACUGCGUGGAUUUUUUGUGGCUCCUCAGACCAACAAUUACACCUUCUGGAUUCAGGCAGAUGGGCAGGCUUCUCUCUACUUAAGUUUGUCCCAAGAUCCAGAACAGAAGRUGAGAAUUGCYUCUCUCCCUGCUGGCAAUUCAGAGUGGUCUGAGAACUGGGUGAAGAACUGGAGCGAUCUGUGGCAGCCAAAAUCCCAGAAAUUUGAGCUGACUGCUGGCUCCAGGUACUACCUGGAAGCCCUGCACCAUGGAAAAACCCCCAGCAAGGGGAUGAGAAUUGGAGUCCAGAUACACAACACGUGGCUGAACCCCCGUGUGGUGGACAAUUACUACACAGAGAGGCACGAAAUCCGGGCUCGUGCCCUGCACAUCCCAGAAGUGCAGAUGUUAACUGUGUCUGGUACGGGUUCUUUCAGUAUCUCCUGGAAUGGCACACGGAGAAUAAUCCCCACAAAUGCUACAGCUCUCCAGGUGCAAACAGCAAUAGAGGAACUCCUUUCAAUAGGAUGUGAAACUGAGCCAACUUCUGCUAAAAUCCUUUUCCACCRGGGUUUUGAGAAAGAAGAUAUAAAGAGCAUCCUCACCACAGGACACGUUGUCAGUGRAACAGAGCCUUUCUGUGGGAGGUUCAGUGUCCACAGACCAAACCAGUUGGUGAAAACUUCCCCAUCAGCACCACCAAGAUAUGACCUGACUGAAUACACACAUGUGUGUUUUGCACAUAAAGGUCAAAUGAGCAACGUCCUUCAUCUCUCAGUGUCGUACACCAAUGUUUCUUCAUGGUCAGUGAGGAGGAACCUCACCUGCCUGUGGGACUUCAAUGAAACCAACUCUAAAAGCUGGACAUUUACCUGCACUGACCUCUGGAAGAGGUGUGGGAAUCUCUCUGUGCUUCUCCAGGACCUCCCAGCCAAUUCCCCAGUAUUUGUGCACCAGAUAGACUUGCAGAGCCCUGCASUGCAAGAAGAAACAUCUGGAUCAUUUUAUCUGGAUGAGCUCAUCAUCGCAGACAGAGSUGUAACUGUUUCUCAGAGAAACCCCAAUCCCCCACGAUUGGGCGGGAGAAUAAUUGAAGCAGUGUCUGUGGUGGGGUCUCCUCCCACCUACAACKUGUCCUGGAGGGUGUCUGGCUGUGGUGCCAGUCUGCCCCUUCUCUCCCCAAGAGGUGCAGUGCUUCGGGAGGGCUCUGAGRAGCACGGGCUCCUCUACAUCUCCACGGAGGAUGUGAGGGUCAGCCUCACCAUCCAGAGGGUGCAGGAGUCAUCCCCACCUCUUGGAGGAACUUUCCACAUCCACUUGGCCAACACAGUGAUACCAGGUGUUUCAGUGCACAUCUCCUCCCUCCAGCUCCGCAGGCUUUUGCAGGACAAUGUGAAUAACUUUACAGCUCCCUUCUUCAACACCAGUGACUUCACUGUGACCAGAGACUCCAGCUCGUGCUAUGAAAGUGUCUGGACACUGACUUGGAAAAAAACAGCUGGGGACUUGCCCAAUCUUAUCAGUGUCUCUGCUGAAAACCUCACUGGUCUGAAGCCAACUGUUUCUGCUCGUGUGGUUUAUGAUGGGGGUGUGUUUAUUGGACCAAUAUUUGGGGACAUGCUUGCUACCCUCCAUAACCAAACACAGGUGGUGGUGGCUGUGAAUGAUGUCCUUGCAAACUGUUCUGGCUCCUGCUCUUUCCAGUUCAGCCGGGAAUUGACGCCCAUAGUCAGAGAUGUGGAGUAUUCAUCAGGUGAAGGGCCCCAGGCCACAGUGGUGAUCAGGGGAGAUGGUUUUGGCGAGGAGCAGUUGGCCCUGCAGGUGCAGGUGAGCAGCAGGAGCUGCCACGUCACAGCUCUGAAUCAAACAGGACUGGUUUGCCAUGUGCCGAGGCUGCCGGUCGGGAUCCACCAGGUGACACUGCUGGUGACACCUCAUGGCUUUGCCAUCAACGGCACCACAGGACAAGGGAUCUUCCUGGCAGUGGAKCCAAGGCUGGGAGCUGUUGARCCUCCUUCGACUUCAGARWUUGGAGGACUUAGAGUGACUCUCAUGGGGACCAAUCUUGAAGGGGUAAAUGAAGUGCUGUUUGGAUCCCAACCUUGCCCAAUUUUGGAGGAGGGCAGAAAUUCAACAAGAAUUGAAUGCAAAGUUCCUUCUCGGGGGACGGAAGAUGCUGCUGUCCCCGUGACUCUGAUUUCUGGAUACCAAUCAACAACAGUAACCAACUUGUUCCAUUAUGAUCCUUCCUUAAACCCUGCUGUUGUCUCCCUGAGCAGGAACAGAAGUGGCAUUGCAGSAGGUGAGGAACUUCACAUUGGAAUWUCCCAGUUUGCCAGCUACCAGGGCUCAGAUGUCAAGGUCCAAAUCGGGGACUCGUGGCUGCAGAUCCAGGCRCAGACAGACCGUGGUGUUAAUGUGACACUUCCAGCCCUCCCUGCAGGGUGGUACAACCUUUCUGUCCUCAUCAAUGGCAUUGCUGUCGCUUCAAACAGGGUUGAGCCAGUAAUCCAGUACCUCUCUGAGAUCUUCGGCGUCCAGCCGUGCUGUGGCUCUGUUCUGGGUGGAACACUGCUCACAAUCUCUGGGGUGGGCUUUAGCCGAAAUCCUGCCCUGGUUUCUGUCUCAAUGGACAAUSAAACCUGCACAGUCACUCACCUGGAAGAAGAGACAGUUUGGUGCCUGACCCCACCAGCUGCUAAUUUGUCUGAUGAAGAUUCACUUGACAUCUCUGUCAGAGUAAACGUAGCCAUCAGCAGUGGGUCACUCAAACACUCUCUCUUUGCCAAUAGAACCAUCACUUUUAACUAUAAAAGAGCUUUGACUCCCCUCGUUACUGCUGUUGAAACGGAAAUCACAGAUGGAAACCUGGUCUUGAGCAUCCAGGGGGUAAACAUCACUGGAUCUGUGGCUAAGCUUGAUCACARCGAAUGUCAACUCGAGUUUCAACGUGGCAACCACUCUGCAAUGUCUUAUCAGUGCUCUUUGCCACUGAACAGCCUGGAAGCUGGGACUUUCCCCAUCCAGGUCAUCCAGAGGCAGCUGGGAUAUGCUCAGGUGACAGCAAAGCAGCAGGYCCUCACAAUAACUCCCCAGAUAACCUCCAUAUUCCCAUCACAAGGAUCAAUCUGCGGUGGGAUGUUGCUCACUAUUUUAGGCAUUGCUUUGAAAUCCAGGAGGAAUUUGGUACAGGUCAGCCUGGGGAGGAAUUACUCCUGUGAGAUCCAGAAGUSUGACAAUGACACCAUCAGCUGUGUUGUCCUUGCAGGGCCCCACCCUUUGCAUGGUCAGUGGCCRGCUGAGGCAUCUCGGGCUCUCAAUGUCACCCUAGUUGUCAAUGGGGUCCCCAGCGUGUGCCUUGGGGACUGCACRCUGCACCUUGAGGAGCACUGGACGCCCCUGGUGCACCUGGUGACAUGGAGGACCAACGGGACAUUCACCUACGUGACAAUCAGGGGACAGAGGCUGGCGUGGCAGGGUGACAUGGUGGUACACAUAGACAGCCACGCUGUGUGCAAGGUGACAUUCUGGAACGAGACUGUUAUCGAGUGCCAGACAGCCUGCUUGGCCCCCGGGGAGCACAACAUCUCCAUAUCCAACAGGAAAAGCGGCCUUGCUUGUUUCAGAGGGACAGCUGGCCUUCUCACCGUCCUGCCCUGGGUGUACCAGUUUUACCCACGGAAUUUCAGCACCAACGGGGGAGGCCUGCUCAGCUUGGCAGGGAYGGCUCUGAAGGGAAAGAGGAUGACUUCUGUCCUCAUAGACCAUCGCCCCUGCCACAUUCUCAAUGUCACCUGUGUGCUUAUCCAGUGCACGGUGCCUCCGGGGAACGGCACGAGGGCUCUGAGUCUGAAAGUAGAUGGACACUCCUAUUAYCUUGGGAAAAUAACUUACAGUGAGGAAUUUACACCUUCUUUCCUUUCUCUUGAUGCCAGUGGUCUCCUUUUAACUUUGACAGUGUCACAGGUCACAGAGAUGGACACAAUCCACGUGUUYAUUGGAGAUCUUCUUUGUAACAACACCACCAUCACUCGCUCCAUGCUGCAGUGCUCAGCUCCUCUGCUCCCUGUGGGCAAGUACCCUGUGCUGGGCCUGGAUAUUCCCAGAGGAUGGGCUUCCUCCAACCUGACAUUCACUUCUCAUCUGGCAGUGACAGCUGCACAUCACAACUGGGGUGGCUUGGGUGGAGGACCAGUUUACCUGCGUGGCACUGGGUUUUCCCCAGGGAAGACUUUGGUCACAGUCUGUGGCGCCAGCUGUGAACUCUUGGACACCAUGACAGUGACUGAGCUGGGCUGCCUCGCCCCACSCCUACACGCCUCCUUGGCUGCUCUCUGUGGUCUGACACAUUCUUCUGCCAGCUGCCAAGAGGACAGAGCCACCUUCAUUGAAUGUGACAUCCAAGUCACAGUGGGCACCUCCCAGCAGAGAGGAUCCGUGUCCUACCUCUAUGUCUGCGGGGACAGCCCGCCCCAGGGACAUUUUGCUGGACUCUUUGCCAGCCCUAAAGUGGAAAGAGAUGAAGUUCUCAUCUAUAAUAGCUCCUGUAACAUUACCAUGGAAACUGAGGCAGAGAUGGAGUGUGAGGGAGCUAAUCAGCCAAUUACUGCCAAGAUUACUGAGAUAUGGAAAAACUGGGGCCAGAACACUCAGUUUUCCCUCCAGUUGUGUGGCCGGUGGGACGAGGAUUCCAGCUGGCCUGCKGGCCACCAGCCGCGAGAUGGCGAUAAUGUCACGAUAGAAGAAGGCCGGACCGUGCUCUUGGGGAGCACCACGAGCAUCCUCAACCUGCUGCAUCUCAAAGGUGGCAAACUCCUGUUCACUGGGCCAGGACCUGUAGAACUGCAUGCUCAUUACAUCCUGGUGUCUGAUGGGGGAAAGCUCCAGGUGGGAUCUCCUGAGGCCCCUUUCCAUCACAGAGCACACAUUUAUCUCCAUGGAAGCCUCCAUUCUCCACCUUUAUUUCCAUAUGGAGUCAAGUUCCUGGCAGUGAGAAACGGGACCCUUUCCAUUCAUGGCUGGAUGCCCCAGGUAGCUUUCACACACUUGAAAUCAUCAGCUGAUGCUGGUGACACUCAAUUAGUGCUCCAGGAACCUGUUGAUUGGCAACCUGGUGAUGAAAUCCUGGUGGGAAAUUCAGGCCUUGGAGAUGCACAGCAGCAGGACGAAGUGGCUGUUAUCCAGUCUGUGAACAACACAGAGCUGCACCUCAGAUCACCACUCAGGUACCCCCACAGCGCUGGAGAGGGACAGGGGAAUGACCAAAUUAUGCCUUUGAGUGCUGUGGUGGCUCUGCUCAGCAGAAGGGUUGUGAUUCAAGGAAAUGUCACUCUGGAGAGGAUGUCCCACCUCAGACAGUGUGCAAAUGCAGGUCACUCUGGGUGUCUGUACAAGAGAAGUGAGAGGCAGCUGGGCUCUCAGGACCUGGGAGCCAUCGUGGCUGUGGAGGCCUUGCAGGGAGAGGCGAGUGGGCUCCAGCUGGAGGGGGUCCAGCUCCGCCACGUGGGCCAAGCGUUCCGACAUCGCUGCAGUGCCCUGACUGUCACUGGCAACACCUGGAUGGCAGACUCUUACAUCCGUGGCUGUUGUGUUCUGGAUUCCUUCAGCCGAGGUCUCCACCUGGCUGGGAUCUCCAACCUCAGUGUGGACAGCAAYGUUUUCUACAACAUCUCAGGCCAUGGGCUUCUCCUGGGUGAGCAACUUGAAAAGAUCAGAGUUAGUAACAACAUAGUGAUUGGCCUUUCUGGAACUGAUGGUUUAUCCAACAUUGAGACUCUGUCACCAGCAGGGAUCUACAUCAGGGCUCCUGCCAACCACAUCAGGGGUAACACGGUGUGUGGUGCUGGGUAUGGCUAUUUCUUUCAUCUCUCCCCUGAGGGAUCAUCCAAAGUGCCUCUCCUCUCCUUCAGCAAGAACAAAGCUCACUCCUGCACCAGGUAUGGUUUGCUGGUGUACCCAGAGUAUUUGCCAGACAGUCRUGUUCAGUUCAACAACUUCACAGCCUGGAGCUGCCACGGAGGAGCACAGAUUUUCAGUAGCAGGAACCUUGAACUCCAGCAUUUCUGGAUUUCUGCUUGCAAAGAUUUUGGCAUUGACAUUGUGGAAAGCCUGGGAAACACCUCUGUGUCUGGCAGUGUUUUAAAUGGACACCUCGGGCAAAAGGGCAGGACCUGCAUGUCUGYGGGACUAAAAACCCCCGGGAGACACCAGCUCUUCAUCUCCAACACAUCUUUCAGGAACUUUGAUGUGGACACUUGCACAGCGAUCAGGACUUGUUCUGGCUGUUACCAAGGGCAGGGUGGGUUUACAGUGAGAGCUGACCAUCUGACCUUCACCAGCUCCCCUUUCCAAGUGUCUUUCCCCUUUCCUCAUGCUGCCAUCCUUGAGGAUCUUGAUGGCUCCACCACGGGACAAAAAGGAAGUCAUGUCCUGCCUUCCACAGAUAUCCUGGCACCAUCUUGCACACCCAGUGCCAACUUCAGUCAAGUUUCUGGUGCCAGUGUUUGUGACAGUGACCUURUUUUCCACCGCAUGGCUCUUCAUUUAAAAGAGGCUCCGGACAUUGCCUAUAAUUUAACUGUGACUGACAGUAGGAAUAAGACAAACACAGUCAAUUAUGUCCCUGAUACUUUAUCAAACCUGUAUGGCUGGAUGGUUCUUCUCUUGGAUAAAGAGACUUACACGUUGACAUUUGACAACCCUUUGGUCAGCAAACUGCUCCAGUAUUCAGUGACAUUUAGCAACUUCAAGGCUGGCAAUUACCUGCUGGUGGAACACGAGGAUCUUCCUGCCCAUCUUGAGGCUGUGGUGUCCUGUGGGACAAGGAGGGGACAGCCACUCCCAUCGCUGCCUUCAUAUGAACAACACAGGAGCUGUGAUUGGCACUUUGACGGCAAACUGGGGAAGUUCACCUAUUUGGUCACAGGAGCUGACUUAAUCCAGGUCACACUGAAAGAGAAGAAAAGAGUGGCUUUACCUACCCCAGUUCCUUCUGGUGCUGUCUUGAAAUGGUCACACCCAGAGACGUGGAAUGGUGUGGGAAAAGGCUGGGGUGGAUCCAAUGGGAGCAUCCCUGGCCCUGGAGAAGAUGUCAUCAUCUUGCCAAACAGGACCAUCCUGGUGGAUGUGGCUCUUCCCCCUCUGAGAGGACUCUACGUCCUGGGCACCCUCGAGUUCCCCAGCAACUCCAGCAACGUCCUGAGCGCAGCCUGUGUCRUGGUGCUGGGGGGUGUCCUGAGAGUGGGCUCUGCUCAACAUCCUCUAGAAAGGGAUUUAAAGCUACUCUUCCUUCUUCGGGCAUCUGAAGGGAUUUACUGUGAUCGUCUGGAGGGUAUAAAUGUCCACCCAGGCAGUAUUGGGCGGCCCCAUGACACGGAAGAUGGCAGACGCGUCCCUUUGGCUGCGGAGGUUGGGCUCCUGACACGGAACGUGCGGAUCCAGGCRGACGUGGCUUGUGCUGGGAGGGUGCUGGUGGGACGCUUCACAGGCUCCACUGGGAARGAGUUUGAAGGUGCUCUUCAGCUCUUAAAYGUUCAGUUUUUGAACUUUGGGGCUCCUCAGUUUUCUGCCAUUGAAUUCAGGAAUGUAUCCCAGGAGUCCUUGGUGGCRUCAUCCAGCAUUAGUGGCAGCUGUGGAGCCGGUAUUAAAGCAGUCGUGAGCAGCAGGAUCUUGUUGCACAAGAAUGUGGUGUUUAACACCACUGGACCCGGCAUUGAUUUGGAAGGGAAAAAUCACUCUCUGAUCAGGAACCUUGUUAUUCUGAGCAGACAGCCAGCAGAUUUAUCAAACUGGGUUUCUGGCAUCAAGGUGAACCUGGCCACUGGCGUCUCCCUUYACAGCAAUGCUGUGGCAGGAUCUGAGAGAAUCGGCUUCAACAUCAGGGGCCAGGAAUGUUCUCUAGAUGGAGAAUAUUGCAGUGGAAAUGUGGCCCAUUCGAGCCUUCAUGGUGUUCAUCUGUACCAUGAAGAUGGAUUUCAGACUUGCAGCAGAGUCACAGGGUUUCUCUCCUAUAAAAAUUAUGACUAUGGUGUCAUGCUCCGCCUUGGAGGCAGCAUUAUCGUGGAAAACGUGAUGCUGGUGGACAACACCGUGGGGCUCCUGGCAGUGGUGCACUGUGUCAAUGCUGAGCGGUGCCACACGGGGAAACAAUUCAUUGAACUUAAAAACUCCAUCAUUGUUGGCACAAGCUCGACUUUUGACUGCCUCAGAGACAGGAUUAAGCCUCGCUCAGCUGAGCCAACAGCCCAGGACCGAUCCCCACGCUACCAUCUCAGAGGCCGUGUUGGGAUUUUAUGGCCCACAUUUACCACCAUUACCAGCCAAAGGCCAGAGGACCCCUGGCACAAAACUGGGCAUUGUCCAAAAGCCCUGGGAAUCAUGAAGCUGAAAGAAGUCACCUUUACUGGUUUUACAAAGAGCUGCUACAGUGAAGACAGGGAUGUCUGUAUCAUGUCAAAUGCUGAUCAUUUAGGCAUCAUGCCUCUCAUCACAGCACAGACAUCAAGGAUGUUACAUGUCAGUGAGAAGGACAAGUUCUACUUUCAUCCAACAAGUGUACAAACCUCUGAAGAGACCACAUUCCCAGAAAAGAGAUGCAAAGGCUCAAAGAAAGCCCUUUUUAAGGAUUUGGAUGGAGGCGUCCUGGACCUGGAACCGCCUGUCUCUGUUUUCCCAAAGUCAGAAUUUGAAUGGACACAGUUCUACUCAGAAGCUGGAAUUUACAGAGAUGACAGUAAGUGCCUCUUCAAGCCCUCAGUACAAGGCUACUUCUGCAGACAGACAGAUCACGCCCUUGUCAUCUUAGAAAACUUGGACUCCAGUGUGGACAGCCAGGGACUGUUCCCAGUGGUUACAAUGACCGGCAGCUUUAUGGAUACCUUCAGUGAUGAGRCCUCACAUCCUUUGUGUCACCCUGCAGAGCAUCAUUCUACUUUCUUCUCUGUUCUGCCAUCCACCCAACUCACCACGGUUUGCUUCCCAGACCUGGCACCUCUGGCUUUCCGACUCUACCUCCUCAGUGGCCAAAACACCACCAGGCUGCCCCUGGCCAUAUUCUACACUGAACCACUCAGCCUUCGUGUUUUCAUCCGAGAGAGUUAUGUCUCUCCAAACCCUUCUUCUUUUUCACUGAAUGAACUGGCAGGAGCCAAUUACUUCAGCUUUGAGGACAACCUUCUCUAUGUUCUCCUCCACGAGAAGGAACCUGUGGAAAUAAUCGCUGGCCUUUCCCUUCUUGUGGCUUUCACUGUAACUGAGGCUGUUGGGGGAGAGGGCGAGGCAAUCAUAACACAUCGAUUGGCUGAUUUCUUGAAGGUUGGUCAUGACCAAGUCCGUGUAGUCCAUAACGUGCUGGGAGGUGAAAGCAUGUUGAAGGUGAUCUCAGCCAAUGCCAGAAAAAAGAGCUAUCACUGCCCCAACAUGGCAUUUUGCACAGCCUUUCACAGCAGAUAUGGCCCACAGGAGGAGGGGACGCAACCAGGGAACACCCGGGCUCUGCAUCCGUCUGAUGGGCUUGGUCCUUCGAGAGUGCUGAUCAUUGAGCUGGGUGAUCUGCCGGGUCAUCCGAGGAAUGAGUUGACAAGUGACAGCUUGAAGAGUUUGGCCAGGACAAUUAUCAACACUCAUCAGACUGGAGACCUUCAGAGGGGCCUUGGAGUCCCGAUUGAUACCUUGAUGGUGAUUCAGUCUGUCCUGCUGUCCCCAGCAGAARGUAACAGUAGAAAUGGAAGCAGACAACAUUCAGAAACGUGCUUAUACACGAGACCUUACAGCAUCUCUGUUCAGGUGCAACCCUCAGAUGGAGAAAUCGAGAAGCAACUUCCUGUACAGCCAAAAAUCAUUUUUCUGGACAGAAAGGGUCAAAGAGUUGACAAACUGGGGCCUCCUGCAGAACCCUGGGUUGUAUCGGCUCAUCUCAAGGACUCCUCUGAGGCUGUGCUGAAAGGGCUCACUCAAGUGCAGGUCAUAGAUGGAUGUGCAGCCUUUUCCAAUCUGGCUGUCUCUAGCUCAGGGACAAACUGGAGACUUGUGUUCACUGUCACAUCACCUCCAGGGGUGAAGUUCACUGUGCUGUCCCAGCCCUUUGCCACCUUCCCUGUCCCCACGAGAGCCAAGGCCAGCAUGAUCCUCGUUGUCAUUCUGGGUUCAGCAGCAUCUGCAUUCGUYGUCGUUCUUUCAUUCUGCUGGUUCAGGAAGAGCAAAAGCAGCAAAACGAGGACUGAACGGCCUGAUGCACCAAAGGACAGCACCACGAGACCCAGGAAACAAGUACAGCCUCCUGCAGCUCCUAUCAAGCGUUGCUGCAACCAAGGACAAAAUAAAAAAGGAGUGCCUGUAGCAGGAGGCAUGGAAGGAACUGGAGCAGUGGGAGCUGCCACAGGACAAGCGGAGGAGCUGAACCUGCCACCCCGUGAAGCCAAAUCAGCGAGAAAGCUGAGCACUGUCCAGUCCAAGAGAGGUGACAGACACACCUUUCCAUCAGCCAGGAAAAGUGACAGCCACCAAGAGCCACGUGGAGAAACAUCUCCUGGUGACACUGUGGAGAUUCAGCAGCCAGCGGUCCCAGGGUGCUCCAGCCAGAAGGAAGUGCCCCAACCUUCAUCUGGAUACAACCAGGAAAGAGAGGAGCCCGAAAGGAUGCCCCAACACCAGAAUGAUGUCAGAGAGUGYGUUGCCAUGGUGGCAGCAGAAGGGUGAAGGAGUGAUGGGAGAGGGUGAACCACUGCAGUGGGGCUGAGCCUUGUGCCUCUGGGGUCAGAGAAAACCAUACUUGYGUUGGGAUGGGGACCACAUGGCCACGUGGACAAAUGACCCUGCAGUCAGCUGGGAGACUUUGAUUUUGACCUUUCUCAGCUUCCAAAAGAGGGUGGGUUUAUCCAAAUUGCCUGUUGAGAGCAAUUCUCCUGACUCCUCCAAAACUCACUCCAGGAGUUGUUUUGGGGAGUUCUUCAUGGACCUGCCUUGAAAUUGCAUUCAAAAGCAGUCAGGGAUUAUCCUAACAGCUCARGAGGGUGUCUGACACUACAAUAUUCUAGCAUGGAUGUAGUCUUAGUGUCUAGAGCAUUGCUGGUGAGUAUGCAUAUAUGUAAAUAUAUGGAAAUUUUCCCAUUUCUUCCAGCCAUACUUUUAGUUGAAUUCAAAGAACCUCAACAUGUACAAAAAUAUUUUCCUUUUCAUUUAUUCAAAUUUUAUUGUUGCCUGAGUAUGUGCUUACAUUCCUCUUUACUUAAA